UAUUUUUGACCCUCUUGGCUUUCCGUAGCCACGCCGCCUGAGAGCAGCUGUUUGCGGGGAAGCUGCUGUCAAAGCACGGCUAGCUCUGCUAGCUGUCUGCCGGCUAACUUGCAACAGGGGGGGGGGGAAGGAGGAGGAUAAAACGCAAACAAUGGCGGGUGUGCACCCUCAGGACGACCUGCUGAAAAUGACUCACAGGGAGAACUGGAAGGUGCAGCACGAGCGUCUGCACGUGAAGCACAGGGGUCACGAGGCCAUGCACGCGGAGAUGGUGAUGAUCCUCAUCGCCACGCUGGUGGUGGCCCAGAUAGUCCUGGUGCAGUGGAAGCAGCGGCACCACCGGUCCUACAACCUGGUGACGCUGGUCCAGAUGUGGGUGGUUCCUCUUUACUUCACCAUCAAACUCUACUGGUGGAGGUUUCUGUCCAUGUGGAGCAUGUUCUCCGUGGUCACCAGCUACGUCAUCUUCAGAGCCACGCGCAAGCCGCUGGCCUGCCGCACGCCCAGGAUGGUCUACAAGUGGUUCCUGCUGAUCUACAAGCUGAGCUAUGCGGUGGGCGUCCUCGGCUACCUCGCCAUCAUGUUCACCAUGUUCGGCUUCAACGUCUUCUUCAGGAUCAAGGCGGAGGACUCGAUGGACGUGGGUGUGAUCAUGCUGUUUUACGGCCUUUACUACGGCGUCAUGGGCAGAGACUUUGCAGAAAUCUGCUCCGACUACAUGGCUUCUACCAUCGGGUACUACAACAAGGGGGGCAUGCCCAGCAGGAGCCUGACCGACGACAUCUGUGCCGUGUGCGGUCAGAGGAUCCUGGUGGACGUGGAGGAGGAAGGAUUCAUAGAGGACACCUACCAGCUCUCCUGUGGACACAUAUUCCACGAGUUCUGCAUCCGCGGCUGGUGCAUUGUGGGAAAGAAGCAGACGUGUCCGUACUGCAACGAGAAGGUUGACAUGAAGAAGCUGAUGAACAACCCCUGGGAGAAGACGCACGUCCUGUACGGGCAGCUGCUCGAUUGGCUCAGGUAUCUGGUCGCCUGGCAACCCAUCAUCAUAGGCAUCGUCCACGGGAUUAACUUCUCCCUGGGCCUGGAGUAGAGCCCUGUGGAACGCCGCCGUGAGUACGGGACGUCCUGGAGUCGUGACCAAAAAAAGUACAGUCAAAGAACUGUCAAAGUCGGCGCUACAAGGACCCAAAUCAGUCUAUUGUUUCCUCGGUACGUGUUGCUAGACUGGACGCUUUGCACGGUUUCCAGCGGACUGACCCCCAGGUGGUCCUGGUCUCCGUGUGCAGGGGGACACUGUGAUGCCAAGACCGUUGCCAACUUGAACAAAAACGAGAAAAAAUUGGGUACAGAUCCAACGUUUGACACAAGGAAGACACGUGUAGUUUGGAAUUCAUGGACAUGUUGCUGUCAUGUACGUUGUUUUUUUAAUGUGAUGAAUCGUAGCUUCACUUUGGACUGAAAACCCUCAAAAUGCCUUUUUUUUUUAAAACAGGUUAACCCUCCUGUUGUCCUCGGGUCAAAUCUGACCCCCUUUAAAAAAUGUCCAUAUCUGAAAUAUGAGUUUAUUUUUAACCAAAUUACCACAAAAAAUUGAUUGGAUUCCUUCCAACGCUCUUUGCAAAUACAACUGAUCACUUUCAGUCCUCUGAUCUUAACUCAGAAGUCAAAAUAAUUCAUAAUUUCUGCUUUUUUAACUCUAAUAUUAGGUAUAAUUCUAUAUAAAUGAGGGUUAUUGACCAUGAAAUCCAUAAAUUAGUAAAACUAGUAAGGUGGUGUUAGUGAAAACUAAAAAAAAAAGUCUGAAAAAGGGACGAAAAUAUCAAUUUUUCGUCAUUUUUUUGACUCGGGAGGACAACACGAGGGUCAACAGUCUAUUUGCACACCGCUGACACCACCAACACGACCGUUGUUUUAAAUAGUUAAUCUGCAGACUACAUAAUAGAAAAAAUUGUGCCCAAACACCUGUUUACAUUUCAUUUAACGUUGUUCAUUACAAAAGGUCGAUUUGCAACGUCUGUUGUGUAAUGUUUUUAUUAAUAUGAAGCUGAAGUUGCCAAAUGGUCGACUUGUAUCGUAGCAGCUGGAGUCCGAAUGUCCCAGUUAUGUCUCUUUUAAUGAUUUUUGUCGACUUAUCAGCUGAUCCUCCAUGAUGUAAACUAGUCAAGUUACAAAAUGUGGGAUAAAGAUCAGCGAGAAAUGAGUAAAGUGUACUUUUGUUUUGAUGCUGUUCUC